UUGGUUGAUGUGCACUUACCUGUAAUUCACAAAUGGAAUGAGGUAGAUAAGAUCCGAUUGGUGUAUCUUCUUGUGAUAGCUGGGUUGGUUAUGGCUAAGGAUGAGAAAAAGUAUAUUCCACUCAAAUACAUCCAGAUGGUAAUGGAUCUUGAUAAGGUGAGGACUUAUCCUUGGGGUCUUAAAGCUUUUAAAAGUCUUGCUAAGUCUAUCAUAGAAAAAAGAGAAGAUUUGAAGAAGAUCAAUAGCUAUGCAUUAGAUGGUUUCUCAUAUGCAUUUCAAAUAUGGGUGAUGGAGGCAAUUCCAGACAUUGGAAAGUUGUUGGGAGAAAAGAUUAUCACAGAAUUUAGAGAAGCUCCUCGAUGUUCUAACUGGAAAGGCGCAGCCAAAGUAUCAUAUGAUGAUAUCAUCCAACUAGAAAGUACAUUUGGACCAAAGGAUAUUGUUUAUCCAUACAUAUCUAUUACUGGCGAUUAUGACAUUGUUGACUCCAUGGAGUUUUUAUGGCGUGACGAAACUAGCAAUGGUGAAGUCGAUGCAUUGAAAGCUAAGAUCAGUUCUGGAAAUGAUUUUGGAGACCAUAUUUGGGGAACUGUACGAGUUGAUGAUGUGGACGGUGAACAUAAUCAAGUAAAAGAUGAUGUUGGCAGUGAGGUGUGCGAAGAAAAUCAAGGGUCUAGUGCAACAAAGAGUGGUGAGAGUAUGCAAGCUGCUAAUGACGAAGAGUCAGGUUGCAAGAGAAAGAGACAACCUGAUCAUGGUGCAGAGAGGAGGAAAAAGAAACUGCUCUAUGAGCGAGCAGCAACAACACAUCGAGCUGCAACAGAUGAACAAAUGAAGUCUUUUAUUAAUGUGUUUGAGACUUGUUUCAAGAGUUUUGAGAAGAAGGUUGACAGUCGAUUGGAAAAAAUAGAAAAGGAUGUCUCACUGUUGAAGGAUGCUAUAACUUCAGCUGGAAUUACAAUAAGCACUCAAGCCACGGUUGAGCAACCAUCCAUUCCAGCAGAAAAGAAGGGUAAAUCUGUGGUACGUAAGACUUAAAUCUCUAUGUUAUGUUGUGUUUUUUUUAAGACUCUAAAAGAAUAUGUAAUCGGAUAUGUAUGUACGUGGGUGUAAUAAUUUGUGUUAAUAUUUUUGUUAAACUUUUUGUAU